CCCCCCCACAACCAUAACCACGUCAUUCUUCCACCGCUCCACUCUUCCCCCACCCAUUCCUUAUCUCUCCCUCCCUUCCCCCUUCCUUCCCUUCCCCACCCCUCUCCCUCGUCUUCUCCCUCCUCCUCCCCAAACAAUGGCCACCACCUCCCUCCAAUCCCUUCACCAAUCUCUUUUCCACCACCAACACCAACACCACAACUCCUUCACCUCCACACCUGACUCCUCCCUCUUCCUCAAACCCAUCACCAUCCCAACCAAACUCCUCUCCAACCUCUCUUCCUCCUCCAUCAGCACCACCUCCUCUCCUAUCACUCCCACCACCUCCUCCUCCUCCUCUUCCUUGGAUGUCAUCGCCCGCCAUCUCGAGGCAAGCGACUUCCGGCAGGCGGACGAGGAGACGCGCCGCCUCCUCAUCGCCCUCGCCGGCGACGCGGCGCAGAAGCGCGGCUACGUCUUCUUCUCCGAGGUCCAGUUCAUCGCGGCCGCCGACCUCCAGGCCAUCGACCGGCUAUGGCGCCUGCACAGCUCCGACCGCUUCGGCUACAGCGUGCAGCGUCGCAUAUGGGAGAAGUCCCGCCGCGACUUCACCCGCUUCUUCAUCCGCGUCGGCUGGAUGAAGCGCCUCGACACGGAGGUGGAGCAGUACACCUACAGGUCCUUCCCCAAUGAGUUCAUCUGGGACCUCGAAGACGACACUCCCCAAGGCCACCUCCCAUUGACCAAUGCUUUGAGAGGGACUCAGCUUCUUGCUAGUAUAUUGACCCACCCUGCUUUUGAGGAGGAGGAGAGUUUGGAGGAGGAGGAGGAGGAAGGUGAAGGUGGUGACAAGGAUGUGGAGAAGGAGACGCCAAAGCCUUUGAGCAGUAGGAGAACCUUCAAACCAGAUUACUCCUUCUAAACUUGGCUUUGGAGGUUGGCAGGCUAUUUUUAUUCAAAAUAAGCCAUCCAUGGGUUGUCUAAUUAUUGUUUCCAUUUCCUUUCUUUUGGGUUUUUUUUCGUUCUCUUAAACAUGGAUCAUGGGUGAACUUUGCUGGUUGUGAAUGGGCUGUUACAUGCUGCAUUAAGAAUUAAUACAUAUAAUAUCAUUCAAUUACAGAGUUCUUAGGAGUCA